GGAUGAUACGAGUCUUAAAUAUUAAUGUUAUGGAUACCUAUCUAUAGAUGUUAUACAUACAAUAGGGGUAAGCUCUGCCCCACUUCGUUUUCUUUGGCUUUGAUAUCAUCAUAGUGAUGCGAUCUAAAUUACCAAAUCCUCGAAUUCAAUUCACAUGUUUAAUGUUGGCGGUAACCUAUGACAUCAUGAUCGAGGUGAAAAUAUAAUACUGGAUUUAUAUAUUUAUAUCAUUCUAGUUUCAUCAAUUAAUAUAGGAGGAAAAUGGCACUCUAGUUACCUAAGUUAAGUGACAAUGGUGACAACGCGCUCACAGAAUAAGAACUCCGAGCCAAACCCUGGCGAAAAGCGGUCUCAUACCAAAGCUGCAACUGUCCAAGCACGGGAGCCGGAGACAAAGCACCAGAAAACGGAAUCUUCUACUAAAACCAAGUCGGGUGCUAAAGAUGAAGGUGACAAGGGAAGCGAACAAUAUACCAACGGAGAGUCACUGUCAAAUCCCAAGAUUCGCCAGCUGAUCUCUCAAUACGGAGAGCUCCCACUCAGUCAAACGGAUUUAUCUGACCCAGAUAAACCAACCCCGGAUACAAUCCUCGCAUUGCUCUUAAAUGCGAUGCUCUCCUCAACAAGAAUCUCUCACUCAUUGGCUGCCAAGACAGUCGAUCUAGUCAUCAAGGCCGGGUAUCAUAAGCUUGACGUCUUGAAGAAGAGCACUUGGGAAGAAAGGACCGAGGUUUUGACUAAAGGUGGUUAUACGCACUACAGAGAAAAGACAGCGACUAUGAUGGGAGACCUCGCUCAACUCAUCGAGGAUAAAUACGGGGGCGACUUGAACACAAUUCUCCAGCUCACUUCCGAAGACCCGGCAAAGAUUAGGGCAGAACUCAAGACCAUCAAGGGGCUUGGCGAUGUCGGUAUCAAUAUAUUCUUCGAUACGGUACAACACCUCUGGACUUGUCUCGCACCAUUUGUGGAUCCGCGAAGUCUGAAGACUGCGAAAGAGAUUGGAAUUGGGGACGACGUGCAUGCCUUGUGGAAAGAGGUAUCAGAAAACCCAGAACAGAUGUGUAGACUGGCUUCUGCGCUGACGAAGCUGAGGCUGGAGGGGAAACAGAAAGAAUUCAAAGAUUGAGAGUUGAUCUUUUCUUUUAUUUAUAUGAAUCAGCGUAGUGUAGAGCAGUAUUUGGGAUUUGGGACCUUCCAUGUUAAUAAUUAUAUGUUCAAGGGGUGUGGUCACAAGCAAUAGUGACUAAAUAUGAUAUGCUAAGCUUUUGAACGACAUCUCCAGAAAUAUGAUUAUUCGGCCAGGAAACUAUGUCGCAUUCCAU